AUGUGCAGACUAGAGCCAUUUCUGAAGAAGUCCCUGGUGGUCCUCCUUUUCCUGGGCCUGGCAGAGGCCUGUGUGCCUCGUGAGGUCGCAAUGGAAGAGAAAAUCAAAUUGCUGAAAGGAAUCCUGGGGUUAAUGAGCAGAUUGUCCAGGGACGGUUUCAGACAAAACAUCAUAUCCUCCUCCACGACGCAUCCCCUGGUAACCAGUCCAGACAACUCAGAAGAAGAAAGUAAGUCCUUGAAAAGGAUCCUUGGUCUGCUGAGCCUCCAAGUACUGAAUGAAGAAACAAGUAACUGCAAAGAAGAAGUGAAGCCUCCACCAGCCACCACCACAGCCAGGGGACUUGUGAGGAGCAGCGGAUGGAACUUUCUGAGGUGUGCCUACAUGGUGAUAACGUUCUUCUUUGUGUCCUACAAUAAAGGAGACUGGUGUUACUGCCACUAUUGUAACCCGGACCUGGAUUUGAGAGAUGACCCCUGCUGUUCCUUCCAGUGAAGCAGCUGUGUCUCCCUCA